UUGAAAUACACGAAAGUAAAACAUUUUUGGGUUGCGCAAAAAACCAAAGAAUGCAGAGUACCUAUAUAGAAUUUAAUUAUGAAAUCAUUUUGCGGACAAUUCAUAAUAUACUUAGUCUUAGUAAUUUUAAACUAAUCUAAAAUGUUAACAAAUUCAAAUUUAAUUCAGAAAUUAUGGGUUUUGUUAUUGAUUUGCUCAUUUACGAGUAUAUAGUGUUUUAAAGAAAGUAUUAUUUUUGAAUAAUUAUAUAAAAUUAUUUUAAACAAAUUUAAUUUAAUUUAUUCUAAACGCAUUACUGUUUAAAAUUCGCAGUUUCGUAACGAUUUCCUUAAAAUUGAUUAACAUGCAGUAACAGCGAAAAAAAUGCACUGUUUUCCUUAAUAAUCUGCUCUAAAUUAAUUAAACAGAACUACAUAUACAUAUAUGUAUAUAUACAUACAUAUGUGUACUUAAAUCAUCCAGCACAGUUAGCUGUACUAAAUAACUUACCCUUUCACAUAAAAAUUUACCAACAAACUUGUUAUAAUUGAUUAUCGAAAAUCUGUAAAAUCAAUUAAAAAAAUUCAUUCCGGUUACAUAAAUUAUUAAAUGAUGCCUCUACUCUUGCUUCACAAUUAUAUUUUCCUUCUUGGCAUGCUUGUGAGAGUUAAGCUUUACACAUAAUUUCUGUUUCGUUAUUAGAAAAUUAUUAAAUUUAAUAAUAAAUUUUAACAGAACUUUAAGUGGAUACAAUCUUAGCCUACUCGUUUAGCAUUUCAUGUCUACAUAUAGCAACAGUACCUACAAACGUAUGUACCUGAUAAACACAAAAAAAAAAAAAAGCAUCAAAAAUUAACAAUGUAUGUAUGCUACGAAGCACACGUUUAAAACUAAAGGAGCAGAAAUUUUACUGACGAUGACGAUUGUUUCUAUUUGUAUCAGUAAUUGCAGAAGGAGCGGAGCAGAAGUAAAAUUUUAAUUCAAAAGAAGCAGUAGACAAAAUAAUAAACUGAAAAAGAGGAUAGUAGUAGUGCGCAUGUUCAUUCGGAGUAUAUGCGUAAUAGAAAUCGAUUUUACUGAAGGAUAAUAUAAAAACGUUCCUUUAUCAAUCCCAAUACAACCAAGCCAGUUAGACUUUUCCAAUCAAAAGAAAAACAAACAAAAAUUCAUCAGUCUCACACAAUUUAAUUUUCAUACUAAUGAGUCCAAUUUGAAAAUUUUCUGUAUCUUGUUGGAAAAGUUUAUUCGAUAAGUGCAGUACUCUUUAGUAAUUAAAUUGAAAAAACAAAAAAAAACAAACAAACAAAAAUUAAAAACACAAACGAGUGCGCGUUUAAAAAAUCACAUUGAAAAAUCAAUAAAAAAAAUUUCAAGAAAAAAUAUUUUUUUCGACUAAAUCAAAAUGAAAGUUUUUACUAAAAAUAAACGAGAAAUGUGGGUAUCAAAUAAUCGUGUCCUAGUUGGUGGCAGUAAGAAAGUGACUGGGCGUAAUCCAAAUUUUGAUACCGAUGAGACGAGACUCUUAAUUUCAUUAUGGGGUGAUCCAAAAGUUCAAAAAACUUUAAUAACGACCCAUAAAAAACAUGCGGUUAUAGCUAGAUUAGCUGACAAAAUGCGUGACUAUGGAUAUCAAAGAAGUGCUGAGGAAAUAAAUACAAGAAUUAAAAAUUUAAAAUGUUUUUACAAUCGUAUAAAAAAAGACAUGGAAACUGGAUCAAAUAAUGAACCGACAUGGAAACAUUUUGCAGCUAUGGAUGAAAUAAUGACAAGACCAAUAUUUAGUGUUCGUCCCAACGAAAUCCCUAAACCGUCAUUGCGAUAUAAAUUAGAAGAAGCUAAACGAGAACGCGAAGAACGUGGUGAAACACUAGACGAAAUUGAAGAAGCUGAACUUAUGAGGACAUUACAAGCCAAUCAGAUUAACAAUACAGAUGAUACGACAAAUUUUGAAAAAUUCAAUGAUAAUAAAGAUGAUCCUCCUACCAACAACUUUGUAAAUGACAGUGAAAUGGAAGAUAAUGAUAACGAAGAUAAUGAUAAUGGGCAUGAUGAUGAUAUUAAUACAUACGAUGAUGAUAUGGAUUAUGAACCAGUUCCUGGGCGCAAUAGUAAUAACUCUAAUAGCAGAAAAAAUAAUAAUGAUGAAAAAACAUCUUCGAUGUCUUUGCGAACAAGAAGUCGAAGGAACGAAAAUGCAAAUAGAAAUAAUGAUGAAAACCAAAACGAUUUACACAAUAUAAACCAAAAUAGCAUUGAUAUUGAAGAGUCUUCAAUUAUUAAAGACGAGCCUAUCGAUGUAGAUGAUGAUAGCAAUGAGCAAAAACAGAGUGAGGAAGAUAAAGAAUCAGAUUCAUUCCCACUUGCUGAAUAUCUGAAACCUGGUGCUAGUAGUAGUCAACCAUUAAAUAAAAAUAAAAUAAUAACAACGGUAGCUGCCUCCUUAAAUUCAUCAACUUCUUCUACGACCAUGUCAAGCAGUCCAUUAAAACUAGGUCAACCUACAUCGAUUAUUAGUAUGCCGACUACGAAUUCUGGAAGCAAUGUCACCUCAAACACACAGGCAAAAAUUUCAUUAGUUCCAACAAAUUUCUUACUAAAGCCUCAAAGUCAAAAUUUACAAGAAGUCUCACAACAAAAACAAACACAACAGCAGCAAGGAUCACAAUCCCUUAAAAGUAAUACUUUGCAGGGACUUCAAUUAAACCGACAAAUUCCUAUUCGACCAAAACCGUCACAACCACGAAUCAUAUAUACCCAUCAAGCAACAGGAAAUCAACCGGCGAACGGUAUUGUUAAUACAAGUAAUGGACCAAUGAAAGUGCUUCUGGUAAAUGCUUUGCAAAAGAAUGCACAAAAUGUUCAAAAUAUAGUUACUCCAACUGGUGCAAUAUUGCAAAAUAAGUCAGUUGACAUACAAAAUAAUGCUCUAUAUCAAUCUUCGUCUGGAACAUUGCAAUCGAAUUUAUCGAAUAUGAAUAAAAUUCCUCAAUCGCCUUCUGUUAAUCUUAAUGGAAUGGUCUCUAGCACUAGCGGAGAAAAACUUAAUUUGUUAGGUACACCAUCAUCUAAUGGCAAAACAGCAAUAGGAUACCGUGCUUUAUUGGGUCAGUUAAUAAGAACUCAGGAAGAGUCUAAUCAAAUUAACCGACAACGUUUGCAGUUGGAAAGGGAACGUUUUGAAUAUGAAAAGUCUGCAGGAGAAAGAUUUUUAAAAUUUUUGCCUGAUGUUAUACCAAAUUUGUUAAACAUAAUUCAACAGCAACAACAAUCACACCAUCGAUUUAUACCAGAACAAACAAUGACACAACCCAUAUUUGUUACAGCUCCUAUAGUUUCAGCAGUUGAAAGUACGAAUAAUACUUUCAGUGAAGUUCCAGCAAAUAGAAAUUCUGAAAAAAAAGAUGAUGCUCCUCUUGUCCUUUUGACACCUAAACAAGAAAAACAGGAUGAUUAGGAAAUGUUUACCUAUUGGGGAUAAACAUUUUAAAAAUUUUAAAAUGAUCGCAAAAUAUUUCAAAUUUUGUCCUCAACAGGUAGAAAACAAUGAAUACAAAAUGUGAUAUGAUAAUAUAAUGUUGCUACAUUAAUGAAAAGGUCAUGGGAAUUAGAUAUUUCCAUUUUCUUGCAGAAUAUACUCGAAGUAGAAAUCUGAACAUUUUAAUUUUAAUACUUUGAGCAAUGAAAAUUUUUAAUUAUAAAAAUAAUAAAAAAUAUGCAUACCUAUUUUCUAGACAAA